AUGGCUUGCAGCAACCUCCAAUCCUCCUUCCGCCGCCUGGUUCGCGAAGCCAGCAGUUCAGGUCCACGCGAGAUCCCGUUCUUCCUUGUCCCAGCGCUAUCUCGACCGUUCGGAGCGAGGCAAGCCUCGACGCUGGCUGAGACCCCCCAACCCCCGAGCUACCAGUCACGGAUCGGCCGAGCGCCCAUCACCGUUCCCCCCGAAGUGUCGUUACGAUUCUAUGAAUUGGCCAAAGGGAAUGUGCGGAGCAGACAUCCAGACACGCCGAACAUGGCGUUGGAAGUUACGGGUCCUCUAGGACAAAUGACCGUACCUUUACCACCUUAUCUCCAAGCCGAACUUGACGAGUCUGCGAAGAAGAUCAACAUCAACGUCAAGGAUGCGGCGGAAAAACAUCAACGAGCUAUGUGGGGGACCAUGCGUGCACUCGUCCAAAAUACCGUCUCGGGCGUCUCUGAGGGCCAUCUCUGCAUCCUGAGGCUCGUGGGCGUCGGUUACCGCGCAACGAUCGAAGACACGGCCCAGACAAAGACGGCGCAAUACCCGGGCCAAAAGUUUGUGAACCUGAAGCUCGGAUACGCGCACCCGGUCGAGAUGGGUGUACCUCGGGGCGUCAAGGCAUCGACCCCGCAGCCGACGCGGAUCCUGCUCGAGGGCUGCGACAAGCAGGCGAUCAAGCAGUUCGCGGCGGAAAUCCGGCGGUGGAGGAAGCCCGAGCCAUACAAAGGCAAGGGCAUCUUUGUUAACGACGAGACUAUCCGGUUGAAGGCAAAGAAGAUUAAGUAG